CAUUUUUGAAAAUAACAUCUACUACCAACCUGAUGUAAAGAGCAGUUCAUUGCGACUGACAUCUUCAGGAAAAGAAGGAAUUAUUUUUAAUGGAAUUGCUGACUGGUUAUAUGAAGAGGAACUUCUACAUUCCCACAUUGCUCAUUGGUGGUCCCCGGAUGGAGAAAGACUUGCAUUCCUGAUGAUAAAUGACUCUUUGGUGCCGAACAUGGUUAUUCCUUGCUUUACUGGAGGGCUGUAUCCCAAAGCAAAACAGUAUCCAUAUCCUAAGGCUGGUCAAGUGAACCCAACAGUUAAACUAUAUGUUGUGAACCUAUAUGGACCCACUCAUACUUUGGAGCUUAUGCCACCUGACAGUUUUAAAUCAAGAGAAUAUUAUAUCACCAUGGUGAAGUGGGUGAGCAAUACCAAGACUGUAGUGAGAUGGUUAAACAGACCUCAGAACAUCUCCAUUCUGACUGUCUGCGAGACAACUACAGGAGCUUGUAGCAAAAAAUAUGAGAUGACAUCAGAUGUGUGGCUUUCUAAACAGAAUGAGGAGCCUGUGUUUACCAAAGAUGGCAGCAAGUUCUUUAUGACAGUCCCUGUUAAGCAGGGAGGUCGAGGAGAAUUCCAUCACAUUGCCAUGUUCAUCGUUCAGCCUAAAAGUGAGCAAAUCAGUGUGCGGCAUCUGACAUCAGGAAACUGGGAAGUCAUAAAAAUCUUGGCAUAUGAUGAAAGUACUCAAAAGAUUUAUUUUUUGAGCACAGAGACUUCUCCAAGAGGAAGGCAACUGCAUAGUGCAUCCACUGAUGGAUUAUUGAAUCGUCAAUGUCUUUCAUGCAGUUUUAUGAAAGAUCAGUGCACAUAUUUCAGUGCGAAGUUUAGUCCUACGAAUCAACAUUUUUUAUUACAUUGUAAAGGGCCAGGUGUUCCAGUGGUUAGUGUACACAACACCAACAACCCUUCAAAAUUUUACAUAUUGGAAAGUAAUUCCCUGUUAAAAGAAGCCAUCAUGAAGAAAAAGAUCACCAAGACUGAAAUUAAAAUGCUCCACAUUGAGGACUAUGAACUUCGUUUACAGUUGUCCUUCCCCAAGGAUUUUUCGGAUCGAAACCAGUAUGCUGUCUUAUUAUUAAUUGAUGAAGCACCAGGAAGCCAGUUGGUCACAGAUAAGUUUCACAUGGAUUGGGAUUCAGUACUUGUUGAUUCUGACAAUGUCAUUGUGGCCCGUUUUGAUGGCAGAGGUAGCGGGUUUCAGGGGCUGAAGAUUUUGCAGGAAGUUCACCGUAGCCUAGGCUCUGUAGAAGUGAAGGACCAAAUAACAGCUGUGAAGUCAUUACUGAAGCAGCCAUACAUUGACUCCAAAAGACUAAGCAUAUUUGGAAAGGGCUAUGGUGGAUAUAUCGCAUCAAUGAUCUUGAAAUCCGAUGAAAGAUUUUUUAAAUGUGGAUCUGUGGUUGCACCAAUUACAGACAUGAAAUUGUACGCUUCAGCUUUUGCUGAACGGUACCUAGGCUUACCAUCUAAGGAAGAAAGUACUUACCAAGCAUCCAGUGUCCUACACAAUAUUCACAGCUUAAAAGAAGAAAAUUUAUUAAUAAUUCAUGGAACAGCUGACACAAAAGUCCAUUUCCAGCAUUCUGCAGAAUUAAUCAAACACUUAAUAAAAGCUGGAGUGAAUUAUACUAUGCAGGUCUAUCCAGAUGAAGGCCAUAAUAUUGUAUCUGAGAAGAGCAAAUAUCACCUUUACAGCACAAUCCUCAGAUUCUUCAGUGAUUGUUUAAAGGAAGAAGUGCCAGUGUUACCACAGGAACCUGAAGAAGAUGAAUAGAAGGAACCUAAUUUAUACAGAACUGAGGGAGAUUUUGAGGUUCAAUGAAACCGAAACAUGACUGUAAUAUUGCAGAUUCUGCAGAGGUUCAAGGGCAGCUAAAGGAGAGGACACUGGAACAGCACACUCAAGAGACAAUGAGCUAAUAAACUGGAAUUUGAAUACAAAAGUCCAAACAUACUGUGUUGUCAAGGGGACAAAAUCUUUCCCUUUGUGAAAGGUCAAGCGUGGGUUAAUGUUUCCUGGAAGAAAUUAGUUUUACAUAAAAGUAGGGGUAGUGCAUGUUUUCUUCUGUUACCUCCCUAUUUGUUCUGUAAGUAGGAACUCUCAUUUUAAUUUUGAUAGCCACUUUCAUCUUUGCAUCUAAUGCACAACCUAUCCUAAAUAUGACAGUCCCUGAUCUCCCAAGGGUGAGCUGCAAGCUAACACUUUACUGUAAUGUUACAAUAAGUGCAAUUCCUUCACUGUCUACUAUUACGCAUAAGAAAAAAAAAAACAUUCAGUUAAUAAAGGACACAGUAUUUUAAGUAGUUUCUGUUUAAAAGAAAGAAAUAUUGGGUGGGCCAAACUACUUUAGGUAGAACACACUCAAUUUAAAUAUUUUCCAAAUUUCAGUUGUUUGCUAGCAGAUCACAUAUCUCUACACAAUGCACAAGCAUAUGGAUACAUAUGGAUACACGUAUGUGCAAACGAAGAUCUACCCAUUUUUCACUGUAAAAUAACUAAAGAGAUCAGCUUUUUUAUUGAACUACAGCAGUGACUCUUUUACAAACUAGAAUGGAUGCAUUGUUUAACAAGCCAAAUAUGGUAAUAUAUGUAUACAUAUACAUAGCUGUAUUUCCCCAAUUCAAAUUCUAGCUAUUGUUUCCUUGGAGAAUGUUUGGGUUGUAUUUUGGUAUUGUUUUCAGUGGUUAAUAGUUUUCUAGUUGCACUUUAAUUUUGAAUAUACCUUGUCACAUGUAAAUUAGAUACACAAAUAUUAAAUUAUAGUUUCAGAUAAAGGAAUUUUGUUAACAAUGCCAUGCUACUGAGUACUAUUUUGCUCUCCUAGAAGAGGAGGUUUUGAAUAGCUGGUUCUUAGACUCCAUCAUCUCAGUACAGAAUCAGUUCUGAUUUUCAUUGUGGAAAGCACAUGGCUGGAACAAUCUAUUUGCCUGUCCUUAUUUAGUAUUCCAUGCUUUCCCGUUAAGUCUGUUACUGUUUAAUUUAAACCCUCUUGGUGAGACUGAGACAGGAGAUAUUUUUCAUUCGUUGACCAAGCAGUUCAUAACAGGUGAUAUUGCUAUUUAAUUUGAGUUGAAGGCACAAAAUUGCAUCAAUUCAUUUGGCUCUGAUGCUUUACAACAGAAAAUAAUUGACAAUGCAAAAUAAACAUGACUGUAUGAAGUCAACUUAAGUCCUGGAGCUAUUAACUAUGGUGACUUAAGUCAAAUAUAGCAUCUGUUCCACUUAACUUUAGGUAACUUCAAGGUGAUGACUGAGAGUAUUGAAACUGCUGAAGAGUUCAGACACAAGAAGGUGAUACAACGUGUUUUGUUAACCCUUAGUACAGGCUGGAUUUGCAUGAAACAUCUGGAAAGGAAAGCAAAAAGCCCAAUCUAUUGCCUACAUGUUUAGUUUUGUUUGGUUUUUCCCAAGAGGAUACUGGGUUUGUGGAACUAUCUAGGUUGUGUAGAAAACUAUGCUGAUGAUCAACUGAAUUGUUCAUUUUUCAUCUGAAUACUUUAGAACUCUUGUAGACACUGCCCCCAGAGCAUUCACUUCUGCAUUACAGAGUUAUAUGAAACCUCUGUCUCCAAAUGCCCAUUUCAGGUUUCCUUCAAGAAACUAAAGAGAUGGAUGGAUUCUUUUUUUUUUUUUUUAACAAAGUAAGUUGUACUGUUUAAAGAAGAAAGUUUUGCAUAUUUUAUUAAGAUGGAAAGUUCUUUUUAGGCUGAACUGAGAUUCACCUGAAGCUUUUUAAUCAAUAUUUUAAUCUUCAA